AUGACCAUUGAAAACGCUUCGCUCUUCUCUACCAAACAUGCCUAUAGCUUUUCUCUUCCUGGCAUCACCUUGGAGUCUCGCAAAGUCCUGGAAGAGCUGCUCCUGGACAACCAUAAAAAAUAUCAUAUCUUCUUCAACGUGAAGCAAUUUCACAAUCACAAUCCACAUAUAUUGCUUGCUGCCGCUGCAUUAGGCGCAUCACCAGAGGCAUUGAGGAAAAUAUACGACAUCCACAUCACGUAUCAGAAGCCAUUGAUUGCUCCCAAGUAUGAGAUCACUGACCAGAACUUCACGGAUUACCUCUUUGAAGAUGAAGCCUAUAGCUCGUACCUUGCUUUCUUCGAUAAGAAACUAGAGACCAUGUCCAUUGAGGAAGUAUUUACCAGCUAUGCCAUCAAGGAGGCCGUUUUGGACAACUUGUUUGCUGGACUUUUCCACCCUUUGAUCCAUUUUUGCUAUGGCCUUGAAUUCUCACAAAAGCUUGUCGCUGCUGAAGGUCUGGCUAUGGCUUGCGUUCAUGGACAGGACAAAGGGUUCCGCGUACAAGAACUGAAUGACAUGGAGUACAUGCACUUGCAAGGCAAAUCCAUCAAUGACAUCUUGGAGGAUAUUCGCAACGACCCUGUUCUCAAACGUUCCCGAAAGUACGAUCCAACUACUGACGGCUUUGGCAAUAUCUCCAGUCCCGAGGAAAGCAAGAGUUUGCUGAAGCAUAUUGCACAGUGGCAGAUAUAUGUGUCAUUUCCACCAUCUCAAGCAUUUUCUAAUUUGAUUCUAGCCGACGCAGAAGAUAUUGAUGCUAAAAUAAAAGAGCUCUAUAUAGCUUCUGUGGACAUCUAUGCCGCUUCUCAACGACCUGGAAAGAAGCCUUUACUUGAUUUCUACCUCAUUCACUUGCUGACCUCCGUCUACUUUGUUCAAAUUCUACUACCUUCACUCCAUGUCAAAGAUCAAGCCAAGCUACUUCGUGCGUAUUUUGCAAAGUUUGCUCAGUGGUACGCAGCCCGUGGCUCUCCAAAGUUUGACCGCGCAGUGAUUUACAACUACCAGUCGACAUCUCCUGCAAAGGAGAAUCCAUGGUUUGAGGUGUGGGACAUGGGUAUCAAGAACAUGGACUUUCACGUCGUCAAGGUUGUUCGUGCGCUUUCUAUGGCCGAUGAAAUGUUCUCCCCUGAAGGAGAUCAUUAUUAUCUCAAAGCCGCUCAAAUGACGGUGGAAUGCACUGUUCAUGGCGACCCACUUAUCCAUAACGCCUGGACCCGUAAACCCCCUGGUUAUGACGAAGCAUGGGAAUAA